AUGUUUGAGUCGUUUGCAGACAUCAAAUCAUAUGACAAAGGAGGAUCUAAGACACGUUCAAUAACCAACGCGCUGGUCUACAUGCUGGCAAAGGACAACAUGCCAUUAAAUACAACUGAGAAAGAAGGAUUUAUUCACUUUAUGCAAAAAGCGGCACCCAUGUACAAAAUUCCUUCUAGGACAACAAUAACAAAUUUAAUUAAAACGAAAUAUGAAGUAUUAUCAGGGUUAGUGAAAACUAAACUUAGUCAAAUUGAAUUUUUAACCAUUACCACAGAUAUUUGGACAGACACUGUUAAUACUAAAAGUUAUUUGGGUAUGACUGUUCAUUUUUUAAAUAUUUCUAAUGUUGCGUUAGAUAGUGUGACGAUAGGUGUCCUGGAGCUUUCCGCCAGCCACACUGCUAAUAAUAUAUCGAUGUGGUUUGAACAACUUAUUGAGGAGUGGGGUAUCAAAAAAAGUCAGGUUUUCACUGUUGUUACAGAUAAUGGGGCGAAUAUAUUAUCUGCAGUUAAAAAAACCUUUUCACAAGAAAAGCAUUUGCCAUGUUUUGCCCACACGUUAAACUUAGUGUCUGAGCGGGCAUUAGAAAAUCUCUCUGAUGUACAAGUUCUUAUAAAUAAGAUAAAAUCUGUUGUGACUUAUUUCAAACAUUCUGUAGCUGCUAGUGAUGAACUUAAAAAAUUAUGUAAUUUUAAGCUGAAGCAGUCUGUCCCCACUCGUUGGAACUCCAUCUAUUACAUGAUAGAAAGAUUUAUCUUAUGUUCUAAUUAUAUAGCUUCUGUUUUGAUUAACAUGCGUGGGGGUCCUACAAUGGUAACAGCUGAUGAAAUUGAUUUGGCAAAAGAAAUGUUAUCAGUAUUGAGGCCGAUGGAAGUGGCAACAAAAGAGUUAUGUGGCCAGAAAUAUGUGACUGGCAGCAAAGUAAUCCCUUUAAUUAAUUGUCUCAUUAAAAAAACUGAGAGUAUAAAUUUAUCGAAUCCAAUUGCUUUAACGCUAAAGCAGGCCAUGUUAGACAAUUUAUAUAAACGUUUUGGUAGGAUGGAAGAAAUAAGUUUGUUAAGUGUUGCCACUAUCCUUGAUCCCAGAUUUAAAACGAUUCAUUUAAAUAAUCCUAACACGAGUGCAAGGGCUAUUAGGUUGAUUAAAAAUAAAAUUACUGAGAUCAAAAAUAGUUCUGAUGAUACUAACUCCUCCUCAUGCCAUGGCUCUAGUGAUGAUGAUGGUGAUCGGCAUGAUAAUUUGUGGUCAGUUCACACUGAGCUGGUUACAAAAAAAGCUGCUGCAAAAACUUCUGAACAGUCUGAAGAGCGUAUUCCCACAGACCUUAAGCAUUAUUUAAGCCAACCCACGAUAAACUUAGGUGAAGAUAUUCUCAAAUAUUGGGACCAAAAUGGUAGUAUGUACCCUUACCUAAAAAAAAUUGUACUCCCCUAUUUAUCUGUUGUUGCAACUUCCGUCCCUUCAGAACGUUUAUUUUCGAAGGCUGGCAACAUAAUGACUGAAAAAAGAAAUAGAUUGAAAGGAGAGAAAUUACAACAACUAUUAUUUCUGAGCUCCCUCGAUUUUAAUGACUGGCACUUAGAAUAA